CUCGUCAUUCUUUCGAUUCAUCGAAAGAGGGAGGAAAAAAAAAAAAAAAACCUAAAUAAAUUAGUAAUAAUCUCAGGAUCAAAACCCUAGCUCCUCUCAAAACCCUCAUCCGAUCCCUAAAUCGAAGCCUGUUUUCCUGAUUUCUUGGAGUUUUUAGGGUUUUUUUUUGGCAAGAAAGAUGGUGUCGGACGCGAGCAAGAAGAAGACGGCGGCGAAGAAGGCUGCUGCUGCGGCGAAGAGAGGUGGGAAGGCGGCAGCGGUGGCUUCGUCGUCGAAAACAGCUGGUGAUGCGCAGAACGGAGUUACGAAUGGGAUGGGAGCGCUGAGGAUAUCGGAUCGGACUUGCACUGGUGUUCUUGCUUCCCAUCCUCUUUCUAGAGAUAUUCAUAUAGAGUCUUUGUCAUUGACGUUUCACGGUCAUGAUUUAAUAGUUGAUUCUGAACUGGAGCUCAAUUAUGGGAGACGUUAUGGCCUUCUUGGAUUGAAUGGAUGUGGGAAGUCUACACUCCUUUCAUCCAUAGGCUGUCGAGAGCUCCCAAUUCCUGAUCACAUGGACAUCUAUCACCUCACACGGGAGAUUGAAGCUUCAGACAUGUCUUCACUCGAAGCUGUUAUUAACUGUGAUGAAGAGAGGCUGAAAUUGGAAAAAGAAGCUGAGGCUUUGGCAGCCCAAGAUGAUGGUGGCGGAGAGCAAUUGGAUCGAAUUUAUGAGCGUUUGGAAGCAAUGGAUGCAGCAACUGCUGAGAAGCGUGCUGCUGAAAUUUUGUAUGGACUUGGCUUUACCAAGCAAAUGCAGGUGAAGAAAACUCGAGAUUUCUCUGGUGGAUGGCGUAUGAGGAUUGCAUUAGCAAGGGCUCUAUUCAUGAACCCUACUAUUCUUCUACUCGAUGAACCCACAAAUCAUCUUGAUCUGGAAGCUUGCGUCUGGUUGGAAGAGACGCUGAAAAAUUUUGAUCGUAUAUUGGUUGUGGUGUCACACUCUCAAGAUUUCCUUAAUGGAGUUUGUACCAAUAUCAUCCACAUGCAGAACAAGAAGCUGAAGUUUUACACUGGCAACUAUGACCAGUAUGUGCAAACUCGUUCAGAGCUUGAAGAAAACCAGAUGAAGCAGUACAAGUGGGAGCAGGAGCAAAUAGCCUCCAUGAAGGAGUAUAUUGCCCGUUUUGGCCAUGGUUCUGCGAAGCUGGCUCGCCAGGCACAGAGCAAGGAGAAAACUUUGGCAAAGAUGGAACGAGGAGGUCUUACAGAGAAGGUUGUCAAAGACAAGGUCUUGGUAUUCCGUUUCACAGAUGUUGGCAAACUUCCCCCACCGGUAUUGCAGUUUGUUGAGGUCACCUUUGGCUAUACUCCUGACAACCUCAUUUACAAGAGUCUUGAUUUCGGAGUCGACCUGGAUUCCAGGAUUGCACUGGUGGGGCCUAAUGGUGCUGGGAAGAGCACCCUACUGAAGCUAAUGACUGGUGAUCUUGUUCCUCUUGAUGGUAUGGUCAGGCGCCACAAUCAUCUCAGGAUAGCUCAGUUUCAUCAGCAUUUGGCAGAGAAGCUUGAUUUAGAGAUGCCAGCACUGCAGUACAUGAUGAAGGAAUACCCAGGUAACGAGGAGGAGAAGAUGAGAGCAGCAAUAGGGCGUUUCGGGUUGUCUGGCAAAGCCCAGGUGAUGCCUAUGAAGAACCUUUCUGAUGGCCAGCGUAGCCGGGUGAUCUUUUCUUGGUUGGCAUGGAGGCAACCACACCUACUGUUGCUCGAUGAGCCCACUAAUCAUCUGGACAUCGAGACCAUCGAUUCGCUUGCUGAAGCAUUGAACGAGUGGGAUGGCGGAAUGGUCUUGGUAAGCCAUGACUUUAGGCUCAUUAACCAGGUUGCCCAAGAGAUCUGGGUAUGCGAGAAUCAAGCAGUGACUCGGUGGGAGGGUGAUAUCAUGGACUUCAAGGAACAUCUGAGGAGCAAGGCUGGGUUACCCAAUUAAAAUCCUGGGAAGAACGACUUAAUUUUACUUAAUACUCAUCAUCGACUAGGUUUUAUCAUUGUUAUUAUUAUGAAACAGUCAAUAUGUUGAAGUCUAUUGCUUCUAUACUGUAUUGUUAUUCUAUGGCUUGCUGCGGCAUUCGUAUAGGCUAUUUGUAUUGCUUGCCUGAUCUUAUUGCAUAAUGAUCAGGGUAGCAUAUGAGCUCUAGUAUAACUCUAGAAAACUUAAAAUUUCUACUUGUUUUGCUUUUGUGCUUUGAUGACCUUGUAGUGUAGAGUUCUAUCA